GUUAUUGCACUGGCUACAUGCAAUGAGUUUGCGGCUAUGCUCGAAUACAUGGUCACUUCUACUAUUUGGAAACACGAUACACGGUUCAUAUCCUGUGUUGCUACUUUCAGCAGUGCAGGAGCUGCUGACCUUCGGUGUUUCAUCUCCGGAGGGUGUAUGUCACGUCCUCAGGAUGGUGUAUUAGCUAAUAUCUGAGAGGCCGACUUGAAUGGCUCUAUUCAUAUAGUUCAAGAUGGGUAAGGAGAAGGUCCACAUCAACAUCGUGGUCAUCGGCCAUGUCGACUCCGGCAAGUCGACGACCACUGGGCACCUUAUCUACAAGUUGGGAGGUAUCGACAAGCGUGUGAUCGAGCGUUUUGAGAAGGAGGCGGCGGAGAUGAACAAGCGUUCGUUCAAGUACGCGUGGGUGCUGGACAAGCUGAAGGCAGAGCGCGAGCGUGGUAUCACGAUCGAUAUCGCGUUGUGGAAGUUCGAGACCGUGAAGUACUACUGCACUGUGAUCGACGCGCCCGGACAUCGCGAUUUCAUCAAGAACAUGAUCACGGGAACGUCGCAGGCGGACUGUGCUGUGUUGAUCAUCGACUCGACGACGGGAGGGUUCGAGGCCGGUAUCUCGAAGGAUGGACAGACGCGUGAGCACGCACUGCUGGCGUUCACUUUGGGAGUGAAGCAGAUGAUUUGCUGCUGCAACAAGAUGGACGCGACGACCCCGAAGUACAGCAAGGCCCGAUUUGAGGAGAUCAGCAAGGAGGUGUCGGCGUACCUGAAGAAGGUGGGGUACAACCCGGACAAGAUUCCGUUCGUGCCGAUCUCAGGGUUCGAGGGUGACAACAUGAUCGAGAGGUCGACGAACCUGGACUGGUACAAGGGUCCGACUCUGUUGGAGGCGUUGGACAACGUGUCGGAGCCGAAGAGGCCAUCUGACAAGCCUCUGAGGCUGCCGCUUCAGGACGUGUACAAGAUUGGGGGCAUUGGAACUGUGCCAGUGGGACGGGUGGAGACGGGAAUCAUCAGGCCGGGCAUGUUGGUGUGCUUCGCACCGACGGGACUGACGACUGAGGUGAAGUCUGUGGAGAUGCACCACGAGUCGAUGCCCGAGGCACACCCGGGUGACAACGUUGGGUUCAACGUGAAGAAUGUGGCGGUGAAGGACCUGAAGAGAGGGUACGUGGCCUCAGACUCGAAGAAUGACCCUGCAAAGGAGGCAGCAAACUUUACGGCGCAGGUUAUCAUCAUGAACCACCCGGGACAGAUCGGGAACGGUUACGCACCAGUGCUGGAUUGCCACACGUCGCACAUUGCGGUGAAGUUUGCGGAGAUCUUGACGAAGGUGGACAGGCGAUCGGGUAAGGAGCUGGAGAAGGAGCCGAAGUUUUUGAAGAACGGGGACGCAGGGUUCGUGAAGAUGAUUCCGACGAAGCCGAUGACGGUGGAGACGUUCGCGGAGUACCCACCAUUGGGACGGUUUGCGGUGCGUGAUAUGAGGCAGACGGUGGCUGUGGGUGUUAUCAAGGCCGUAGAGAAGAAGGAACCCACCGGCGCCAAGGUGACCAAGGCCGCUGCCAAGAAGAAGUAGUUUUAUUGGUAUUGCGGAGUUGGCAGUUUUGGUAUUGGUUCGGGGAUAUUUUUCUGAAUCUAGGGAUAUUGAGGUGCUGUGCUUGCUCGAAAUACUUGGUGCGGUCUUUACUUAGUCCAAGUUGGGUUCCGCUCAUUUUAUCUCGAUGCUGAGAUGUAUGUAAUGCGCUUACUCUUGAUUUUAUUUUUACUGAUUUGGGCCAGCGUCCAAAGUUGAUUCAAUGAA